UCAUCCACUCCCGCCGCCUUCGGCCCCGAAUUGCCUUUCCCUCGCUGCAAGUCCUGUCUCCGUCGCAACUAAACUGAACUGCAUCCAGCACAUCCAGCACCUGCCCAUACGCUCCAAGCACCACCAGCACCCCGCCCCUGCCCGCUGCAUUGCGACACUUUGCCUGACAAAUAACCCCCCCACCAGAGUCCCUCCGCUCCCUCCUGCAUUUAUUAUAUCAUCGCCCUCUGCCCCUCCUUCUUGCCUACCCCCCUUCCCUUCUCGAAAUGGCAUCACUAUUCAGACGUCUCUUCUCCUCAUCCCAGACAUCACCAGCAAACAUGGCCGCCACUAAGCAAAAGGUUCAGUCCCUCAUUGAUGACAACAAGGUCGUCGUCUUUUCAAAGUCCUACUGCCCCUACUGCCGCGCCACAAAGUCCGUCCUCGACGAGAUCAACGCCGAUUACACCGUCCUCGAGCUCGACCAGAUUGACGACGGCAACGCCAUCCAGGACGCCCUCCAGGAUAUCACCGGCCAGCGCACCGUCCCCAACAGCUUCAUUGCCCAAAAGCACAUUGGCGGCAACUCGGACCUGCAGGGCCUGCUCAAGGGCGGCAAACUCGAGAACCUCCUCAAGGAGGCCGGCGCUCUCAAGGCGUAAGGCUCCCAUUCCGUCCUCGGCAUAGAGAAAGAUCAGAAAGAGGAGGGACAGACAGACAGACACACCCAUGAUUGAAUAGAAACUGGUUGGAAAAUCCAUACGGCACAGAGCACGCUGACGGGCGCGAUAUUUCAAAUCUUAAGGCCGUCCAAGUUGUAGCUGUUGCUGCGCGAAUCUACAACCCGUGUUUGAAGGAGGCUGGAAUUGACGGAUUAUAUAUACCACGAGCUUAAAGGCAUAAAGAUAGGUGCUUAAAGUCUCGAAAUACAAGUUUCCAAAAAAAUUUAAAAAAAAUA